AUACUAUGACUUGCCAAGAAGUAGAACCAAAACAACGCGUUGGACAGCGAGUAAAGCAGUUGCAGAAUUGUUUUUUGCUUUUAAAAUGAAAGAAGUCGGUCGUAUGGAGUCAGAAAGAGAAAUAGCUCAACUGAGGAAACGAAAUCAGACCAAGAGUCCCGUAAAAGAGAAUGUGAGAAAGUUCGAGGGAAAAUCUGAAAGUCCAGUGCAAGAAAAUGUAAGGAAAUUUAACUCCCGAAGUCCUGCAUCAGAUAUUUCGCGAGGCAAAUCCCCAAACCCCAGCAACCAGCGUCCAAAUACGUUGUACAAUCCCACCCGGAGUAAAUCUCCCGGAGGAGUUUCAUCCCCAAUGCGAAGUAAAUCCCCUGGAGUUCAGAGCACACAAAGUGUAUCCCCCGGGCUUCCUUCUCCUGUGCGAAGCAAAUCUCCGGGAAUCUCUUCACCACUUCGAAGUAAAUCUCCCAGGCUUCCUUCUCCUCUGCGUAGCAAAUCUCCUGGAAUUCAGAGCCCUCAGGCCCAAAGCAAGUCUCCGGGGUUCUCUUCUCCCGUACGAAGUAAGUCACCUCUUGUUAAUACUCAGACUAGAAGUGAAUCUCCUGUUCGAGGUGGUCCAAAACGAAGCAAAUCACCUGGUGUCGACCCGUAUGCCCGGAGUAAGUCCCCUGGUGUGAAUUCCAAACAUGCGAAGUCUCCGUUAUCAAAAAGUCCUACUCGAAGCCAAUCGCCAGGAAUGAUCGGCCAAUCGCCUGCUUCCUCCCCGACAAAAUCCCUGAGUCCUUCCAAAUGGAAAAAGAGUGAUAAUGGUUGGACGAAGGAAAGUCCCAUUGUUGCAGAAACUGUUGACAACUAUGUUUACGAGAGCGUACCAAAUGUUGAAACAACGCCUAUGGUUGGUGACGCUGACCUUUCGUGGUACUUUGAUAAUAUUGAGUUAGUCACCGAUACCAAAGCGAAGGAGACUUAUUCAGCCGUACAAGAUGACGUCUGGUCGGGAAUUGAAAGUCCUGGAAAUUCGCCACAGCGCGAGCAAAGGUUCCGAAAUUCUCUGAACUACAACAUCUCCGCGUGGGAUGACGAGGAUAACGAAGACAGACCAAAAAAGGCAGAUGAAUUUAUUCAACGUUUGUGCGACCAGGUAAGGAAUCAUGUGGAGUAUAUGUGUGGAAUGGACUUCAUCAAGUACAAAGCUCUCUCUUACAAGGUCCGAGUUGCCGGCGCUGAAGGAAUAUUUUACUAUAUCAAGGUUAACGUAUGGCAGGAUUAUUGCCUUCAUUUGCGAAUUUUCAGUCAUAAAAAUGAAUUGAAGGCUGUCCCAACUUUACAAGCCAUUCUUGAGCGUGCUCAACCAGACAACGGAAACAUCGAGUUCUUUUAAAAUUCAAAUUUCAAAAAAUCGUUUGUAGAAUUUCUUUUGACUCAUGUGACAGAAAAAAGUCAAGUGGUAAAUGCCAGCCACUCUUCAAUUAAGAACGC